UGUCAUUUGUGUCUACUGUCCAAAUGUAUCAAUACCAAAAAAACAGAGUUUAAGUGGAGUGGAACUAUAAUUUUUAUUUUAUUUUAUAUUUAUUUAACUUUAUCUUACAGAAAUCAUGUUGGGUAUUUUUAUGUACAUAUUUGAAUUAAAAAAAGAGUUACUUGUUGGUUUUUCGUUAUCAAUAUUGUAUAUAACCUAUUAUCUAGUGGAAGUGGUCAAGAAGCCUAUAUUGAUAUGCCGAGAAGGAGAUUUUCGUCAGUUCCUAGAAGAGAAUGUGCCACUAUUGAGUGAGCACUAUUGGCCAACACCAUGGUGUGUUGAGUCACGGUUGCAGACUGUUCUGGGGUCUUUACUGCGUUCUCGUCUCUUGCCGCCUGUGAAGUAUCACCGAGAGGUGCUGCAGUUGUCUGAUGGCGGGCAGGUGGCCCUGGACUGGGUUCGGUACGAGGCGGAGCCCGCGCGCGCCGUACUUCUAGUACUGCCGGGGCUCACGGGCAGCGCCGAUGCAGACUACGUACGCUGCCUGGCCGCCGCCGCCUCCGCGCUGCGGGCGCACUGCGUCGUCUUCAACAACCGCGGCCUCGGCGGGCUACCGUUGACUACGCCCCGCCUGUACUGCGCCGUCAGCCACUCCGAUCUGGCCGAGGUGGUGCGCUCCGUGCGCUCGGCGGCCGGCGACGUGCCUCUGCUGGCGGCGGGCGUGUCACUCGGCGGCCUUAUCCUUGGCCACUACCUAGCGGAGCACGGCGAGCGCGCCGGCGUCCACGCGGCGCUGGCGGUUUCUUCCCCGCUGGACGUAGAGAAGGGAUCGGAGUGCAUGGAGCGGGCCCCCCUGAAUGCGCUGCUGUCUUACCACAUGGCGCGCAACUUGCGCCGUACACUUCGCGCGCACGAACGCCUGCGUGCUGCGCCUUGCGACUGGAGCGGGGUAGAGCGCGCACGCUCCGUGCGAGAGUUCGACGCGGCUUUCACGACACAGCACUUCGGUUUUGGUUCGGUGGACGCGUACUACCGCGCCGCCACGCUGCGCGACAAGCUGUCGGCGGUGCGGGUGCCACUGCUGUGCCUGUGCGCGGCGGACGACCCGUUCCAGCCGCUGGGCGCCAUCCCCGUGGCCGAGGCGGAGGCGGCGCGCAGCGUGGCGCUGCUGGUGACGGCGCGCGGCGGACACAUAGGUUUCCUGGAGGGCUGGUGGCCGGCGCGGGGCGCGCGGGACCAGUACAUCGCGCGGCUGGCGGCGCAGUACUUCGCGGGCCUGCUGCGGCGCCGCGAGCUGCUGCAUGCGGCCCCCGACUGCUGACGGCCCGCGCGGGGCUAGCCCCGGCCCCCGACCCAGACGGCCCGCGCGGGGCUAGCCUCGGCCCCCCGAGCCAGGCGGCACGCCCGGGGCUAGCCCCGGCCUGACGUCACUCUACGCACACUACGUGCGUUGUGAGCUUUGCCUUAAUAUUUUUUAACAAAGACUUACUUUGUUAAGACACGCAAAUAUUUGUGUAAAAGCGUAGCUUUUUACACUGACAGCUACAUAUCGUAAGUUAAUUUAGUACACUGUGAUUUACUAACCAUAGCAUAUUUUUAAUUUAAUAUAGUUGUAUUGAAUUACCAAGGUUGCAUAAUAAUGACUAAAGACAACGACAAACGCGCGUGCGUUGUAAUGUUAUCUAAUUUUACGCACGAUUGAGAUGAAUCUUCUUCGUGUUUAUGGGCCUUAAUAGUUGUUAGUACAUCCGUCGCGAGCGAUGCGUUCGAGAGAUAUAGUAUUAUUAUACAUGUUACAUUUGUUGCAUUUCAGAUAAUUUAUAUUAUUAUAUUAUUAUUAUUUAAGCACUUGGUAUUGUUGUUUAUUUAUGAUCCUAAGCACUUUUUAUACUCAAUACUGAUCUUUUCCUAGGCCAC